AUGAAAGGCUCACCCAUUUCUCAAUUUAGUAAGACCUCUAUUAAUGCUCUUACCAGGCCUUGGAAGAAAUACAGAGAUGGUGAAUUAUUUUAUGGGUUAUCAAAAGUUGGGAAUAAAAGAGUGCCGUUGACCACGAAGCAAGGUAACAAGACGAUGUACAAAGGGACAAGAGCUUCAGGGAUUGGUAGACAUACAAAAUUCGGUGGUUAUGUGAUAAACUGGAAGAAAGUCAGAACCUAUGUUACCCCAGAUAUGGUUAAUUUCGAAUUAAAGCCCUACGUUAACGCAAAUGUACCACCUCUAAAACACGAAUUUAAAGGAUUUAGCGGCGGCCCAUUAGAUCCUCGUUUACAGUUAUUAAAGAUAAAAGAAUACAUAGUAAACGGGAGGGUACAAAGCGAAGGGGCCACCGACACUUCAUGUUAUAAGGAGCGUGGAUAA